GUCUAAUCCCACACCAGAAUCCUGGUGACUCGGACUCUGGUUCCUCCCGGUCAUGGCUUCGUGGACUUUGCCACUGACACCAAGGCCCUUUCCUUGGGCCAGGGAUACUUAAAGCUUUUCAGCGCGGAUCCCCAGAGCACUGGUGGUCUGGGUGCUGCCCCAAGGAAAGACCACCUCCCUGGCGUCCCUUGCUGCAGGCUGUGAACUAACUGGCAUGGUACUGGGGGGAGGCCCUGGGUCUCCUCAGUGCCUGUCCAACACCAGCCCAAACGCCAAGGAUGUGCUCCGGAGAAGGCACAAGAGGAGGACCCGACAGUACCAGCGCUUCAUGGCCCGAAAGGCCUUGCUACAGGAGCAGGGGCUGCUGAACAUGCUGCUGGAGUCAGGCUCCUUGCCAUCAGAGGCACCGCCAGGCUCUGAAGCUGCCAGUGGCGGGAGGCAGCAUCCCAGGGCUGGAUCUGGUGGCGGUGGCCAGGGCAGCAGAAGGCCAGCCCCCAGGAAAGCUUCAGGGCCCUUGUCCAGCAAGUUCGUGGCUAUUGACUGUGAGAUGGUGGGCACAGGACCCCGAGGGUGUGUGAGUGAGCUGGCCCGCUGCUCCGUGGUGAGUUAUCAUGGUGACAUCCUCUAUGACAAGUACAUCCGGCCUGAGAUGCCCAUCGUUGACUACCGCACUCGCUGGAGUGGCAUCACGCGGCAGCACAUGCACAAAGCCAUCCCCUUCCAGGUGGCCCAGAAAGAGAUCCUUAAGCUCCUGAAGGGCAAGGUUGUGGUGGGGCACGCGCUGCACAAUGACUUCCAGGCCCUCAAGUACAUCCAUCCCCGGAGCCAGACCCGAGACACCACAUGCGUCCCGAGCCUGCUCGGCCAGCCUGACCUCCACACCCGAGCCCGAGUCUCCCUGAAGGACCUGGCCCUGCAGCUGCUGCACAAGAGGAUCCAGGUGGGCCAACAUGGGCACUCGUCCGUGGAAGAUGCUGCCACUGCCAUGGAGCUGUAUCGGCUGGUGGAAGACAGGUGGGAGCAGGAGGCAGCCAGCAGCCUGUGGUCGCACCCCGAGAACAGGGAGCCUGACAGCAGCACUGACGUGGAACACUACAUGGAGGACCAGUACUGGCCUGAAGAUCUGGCCUCCAGCACCGGGGCAGGAACAGGGGAGGUGCAGGAUGGAAGGAAGUGAGAGUGAGGAGGCUUGAGGAGGAAGCUCGGGCCGGGGGACACUGGACAGUACAUCUGGGUGGGACAGGGCAGGCAGGAUGUUGCCCGGUGCCCACAGCCAGAGCUCCUGGCACCAUCUGUCCUCUGUGCCCUUAGUGCAGCCCUCUCCGAGGGUUGUUGGAAGUUCGUUCUUCUGACUCCUGUGGUUUUACUAAUGACAUUUUAUAGACUGGACCUGUCAGGUGGCAGUAGUCAGGGAAGCAACAGUAGGCUCUCCACACGGCAUCCGGGGUGGUCAGUGUCCUGGAGCUCCCUUAUGUCAGAUGGGCCACAGGGUGGAAUUCUGGUCUUGUCACUUACCUCUUCCUCCAGGGUCUUCCUAAAGUGGAAGAGAAGCCCUUGUUUGUCCCCUUUCUUUAUGCUGAAACUGGCCACAGCUACUAUAGGAACCUGGUCCCCUGCGAGGCCUGUCCCCUCCCUGCUAGGCUGGACAGACUAGCAGAGCCCAUACCUCCCAGGGGAGCCGGCGCCUUCCCAAACUUGCCAUCAGAAGUCCUUGGGUACAGUGCGGAGAGCAGGGCAGGCAGAGAAGCUCUGAAUGGGAACUGACAUAGUUAUUGUGACCCAAAUCAGGGAUUCCCAUCCCCAUGCAGCAUUGGUUCCCCUGUGCCAAAGCCUGGGAAACCGCACAGUAGUCUGAGUUAAGUUGUGGACCCAGCAGAGCUGUACCCGGCCUCUUAAGAGCAGGGCCACCGGUGUCCGGAAUCCGAGUGUCUGUUGCCGCAGCAGGUGUGCAGCUCAUGUCCCUACACCUCUUGUGGUGCUGCCUUACCUCUGAUUGAUGGUUACUGUGACCACUGGGUUUUAGAUUCAUUUCUGAAAAUUUCUGAAAUCAUUUCCUAAGGAGCAGUUUCGGGAUGCCAAAAUGACCAAGAGCUCUGAUCACACAAGCCUCUGAGUCCCAUCUUUUCUGACACUUGGCACUGAGACUUGGGGCCAGCCUGUGACUUCCCCCAGCCGUUUGCCUCUGUGUUAAGUGGCACAGCCUCCCACCAUAGGGUGGGGAGGAGACUAAAGGCCAUUUGCCUGAACAGUGCCCGGCCUGUACUUUAUGAAUGGGCUGCUGGCCCUUGGGGAUAACGCCUGCACGCUGACCUUGUGGUGGGGGAUAGCACAGAGGGGCCCCCGGCCAGUGUGGGAUGCAGCACAGAAGUUCAGGGUUACCUGCAGGUGUGGACUCUGGCUCUGCGGUGCCACUUCUCAUCAGUGUCCUGCCACUGUGUGCCGGAAGAUGACAGCACAGUGUCAGGGAGGGAGGGACACGACCACACCCACACUAACAGCUGUCAGCUGAGGCUCCCACCCUGCGUCCCUCACGGGCUGUGGGGUCACUGGCUCCUCCCUGUCAGAGCAGGAGGCUUGGCUGAGUCAUGCCCACUGCCUGCCUGGCUCCAUACUUCCGGGUGGCUGAUGCCAGACUCAGCCAAGCAGUAGCUUGCUUGGUUUGUGGGUUAAGGGAGAUGGUGCUGUUUCUGUCAUCAGUGGGAAAGUGCUGUUGAAAAUCGCUUUGUUGUAAAACAAUUUGUUCUGGAAUAAAGCUCAACUGGGAGAGUAGGCAAAGUGGACCUUUGCAUGAAUCAUCUGUCUGGCUUGUUGGAGCACUGGGGUUUCCUGAGUGCUUUGGGCUUAGAGCAUCUUUUCAGAUGAUGGGGAAAUGGGAAAAAAGUAACAGAUACAGAAUUAUAUAAUUUUUAAUUUUACAUUUGCCCUAUUAUAAAGCACAAAUUUAAUUUCUCCCCAAAAUUGUACUCACUUUAAAAUUUAAUUGUGGUAAAAUAUACAUAAUAUAAAAUUUACCAACCCAA